AUGGAAUUCUCAUUAAAUGUACGGAUGCUGUUAGCGUUGGCAUUUGUCCCUGUCGAUCAGGUUAUAGAAACAUAUGAUGAAUUAAUUUCAGCUGAAUACUACGAUGACCAUGAAGAAGAGUUAGCCGAAUUACUAAAUUAUUCCGAACGUACAUGGAUAGGCGUUCAAAGUCGGAGUAAAAGGCGUCGUACCAAAGGGUUAUUUGAUAUUGCACUCUGGAGCUGUUACGAAGCAGUUUUAAAUGAUGCCAUUCGAUCUAAUAAUGCUGUGGAAGGGUGGCAUAAUGCAUUUAAUGGUAGAGUUCGAGUUCAACACGCUGUGAUCGGUAAAAUCAUCAAGAAUUUGAAAAUGGAGCAAAAUUCUACGGAAGUUAUUGUCACUCAGAUUGAAACUGGCUUAGAUAUUAAUAAUAAACGUCGUAAGGCUUAUAACGAUAUUGAUUUAAGAUUAAAAAAUAUCGUAAGUCAAUACGAUGCUAAUAAUCGUUUGCAAUACCUUAAAAAUAUUGCUAGUAUUUUGUCAAUAUAA